GCAAUUCAUAAUGCAUCCUCUUGUGGGUCGAUUGACUAUUCAUUGUACAAAAGUAUCUUCACUUGUAUUUCCUUUUGCAAGAUUGAUAAGACCUUUGUGCACUAUUAGUAUCGAGAAACCAAAUAAAGAAGUUUAUAUUGAAGAACUCGAAGGUGAAUACAAGGGAAUAGCAGUGAUAAACCUAAAUAGACCAGCAAAGAAGAAUGCUUUAGGAAGAGUUUUUUUGUCUGAUUUAAACAACGUCAUAUCGCAGUUAGAAUACUCAUCUCCAAAAGCUGUACAAGUGGCUUUGGUUCGUUCCUGUGUCGACAAUGUCUUCUGUGCGGGUGCCGAUUUGAAAGAGAGAGCAGAAAUGAGCGAUGAAGAGACUUUGCCCUUUGUACGAUAUCUUCGGUCAACGUUUACUCGUUUAGAAGCUGUGCCUAUGCCAACUAUUGCCGUAGUCGAUGGAUUUGCUCUGGGUGGUGGUACUGAGUUGGCACUUGCUUGUGAUUUACGAGUGGCAGGGAAAAAUGCAGUGCUGGGACUACCUGAAACGACACUUGCCAUCCUACCUGGAGCAGGAGGAACUCAACGACUUCCUAGAUUAGUUGGUAUUGGGAAGGCAAAGGAACUUGUUUACACAGGAGCUAGAUUAAAAGCAGAUGAAGCAAUGAAAAUUGGACUUGUGGAAAGAAUAGCUCAAGGCGAAGAAACUGCUUUCUCCUGUGCUCUGAGUCUAGCCAAGGAUAUGCUUCAAACGGGACCUGUUGCUCUUAGACUUGCUAAGCAAGCUAUUCGAAAUGGAAGCCAGGUUGACCUUUUGAGAGGUCUCGAGUUCGAAGAUGCUAGUUACGCAAGAGUCAUACCAACUAAAGAUCGUAGAGAAGCCUUGCGUGCUUUCGCUGAGAAACGUAAACCGCAAUUUAAAGGAGAGUAAAUUAUUUGUUAGUCAUCAAUUGAUAAUAAAGUAUUGUUAGAUUGGUCGCCUGGUUUG